AUGGCUCUGCACCCCGACCUCUCUGAUCCCGCUCUCUUCGAUGCCUUCGAGGAUGUGAGAAACGAAAACAGCCCCACCAAUUGGGUCAUCUUCGGCUACGUUCCCAAGAGCGAGAAGAUCAAGGUGGAGGAGACGGGCACCGGCGACCUCACUGAGAUGCUGGACAACAUGAGCGACGGCAAGGUCCACUAUUGUUUCAUGCGCUUCAAGGUCAACUCGGUGUACAAAUUCGUGUACAUUGCGUGGUGCGGCGAGGGCGUCGCUGGCCUGCGCAAGGGCUCCUUUGCCAGCCACUCGGUUGAUAUGGGCAAGCUGCUCCACGGCUACCACGUCCAAAUCAACGCCAGAAGCGAGUCUGACGUGGAUGAGAAGGACAUUCUGUCGCGACUUGCGAGGGCCACCGGCUCGCACGGCCGACAGAGCGACAAGGCGCGCUUCCAGGGCACGGCCUCGCAGAACGCCACCCCCGGCAGCGUGAGCGCAUCGCAGGCGGCCAUCACCAGCGACCGCUCAUUCGGCGGCAGGAAGCAGGAGCCGCUCAUCUCCAAGGAGGAGAGCGAGGCCUACUGGAACAAGCAGCGCCAGAUCGACGAGACCACCAAGCAGGAGAACGCCUACGUGCCCCAGCGCGCCGCGCCCGAGUACAGCGCCUCGGCCAACGCUGCCGGCCUCAAGGACAAGUUCUCCAACCCGUCGUCCUUCGACCGGCCCGUCGAGCGCACCGCGCCUUCCAUCCCGGCCGCUGCCCCCGCGCCCGCGCCUACCUACCACGAGCCCGAGCCCGAGCCCGAGCCCGUUCACCACUACGAGGAGCCCGCGCCUGCCUACCACGAGGAGCCCGCCGCUUCGUACGAGGAGCCCGCCUACCACGAGGAGCCCGCCGCCGAGACCUACGACGAGUCCGGCGGUUACCAGGAGGAGGCCGGCGGCUACCAGGACGGCGGCUACGACCAGGACGGCGGCUACCAGGAGGAGGCCGGCGGCUACCAGGACGGUGGCUACGACCAGUCCGGUAGCUACCAGGAGGAGGCCGCCCCGGCCGGUACCGGCAUUCAGUGCCGCGCGCUCUACGACUAUGCCGGUGAGAACGAGGGCGAUCUGAGCUUCAGCGAGGGCGAGAUCAUCGACAUCCUCGACCAGUCCGACCCCAGCGGCUGGUGGCAGGGAACCGCCCACGGCGCCACCGGUUUCUUCCCCUCCAACUUUGUCGAGCAGAUCUAA